AAAUCUACAGUUCAUACAGUAGUACUUUAAACCCAUGGGAAAACUCAAGCUUGCGCAGUCAUCCGUUUAGACCACACAUCUUAGGUGAAAGUUUCAGACACGCAACUAGAAGAUGCAUUUCUGAAACGCCAGUACGGAAAUGAACAAUUAGAUUCCACGGACAUGGUGGAGAUCAUGCAUCUCGAGUCCCCACAAGAUCGCCGUUGUUGACUGCCCAACUGAGCUAAUUCUUCCACCAUCCGUCGUCCCUCCUCCUGAUCUUCCAAGGGUUCUUUCCUUCGGCUUCCAAUUGCGGAAGAAUAUAAUCAUCAUUCACAUCUCGGUGAGUGGUAACCUCGGAGCAGCAAUGGGCAGAGUACCCAGCUCUUUCAUCUUCCUUAUUGUCCUUCUCCUGCCACUGAAACUCGUUGAUAUGGCCGAGACUCCCUUUUGGUUCUGCGCCAGCAGCUCACUCUACGCGGCGAACAGCACCUUCGACCUCAACCUGCGCCGCGCAUUGGCUUCUCUGGUAGCCAACGUUUCCCUUACCGGCUUCUACAACGCCACCGUGGGCAAGGAACCCGACCAAGUCAUUGCCGCGGUUCAGUGCCGAGGCGACCUCGACGCCGAAGCUUGUCAGGCCUGUGUAUCCGCGUCUGCCACGCAGGUCAUCCAGCGCUGCUCCAAAAACAGAGCGGCUCUCUUUGCCUUCCAGGGCUGCAUCACGUACUACCGCGAUGCCAACUUUACUAUACCUCAAUCGUUCAUGAAUUUUUCUCUCCCGGGCCCUGGAGCCAUCCCCGACCCCCAAAGAUUCAGGCCCAUACUCAUUCCCUUCUUCAACAACCUCAUCGUUUCCGCCACCACCAAACCUUCAGGACGCUUCUUCUGGGGCGACAAGUUCCAUUACACAAAAGACAUUACUGUCUACGGCACCGCACAGUGCGUACAAUACUUGGCACCACGGGACUGUAAAUCUUGCUUAGACAUUGCCUUCAUCCGAAUGCUCAAAGAUGUUGCAGACAGACAAGGCGGUGCAAUAUUUUAUAACUUGGCAUGUUCUGUAAGAUACGAGACAUAUCCCUUUUUCACUCCCUCAUCUCACAAGAUUGACCCUAGCAGUGUCAAUUUCAUCACGUCGAACUGCUCCCCACCAGCAUCUAGCGAUAUCGUUGGUACCCCCUAUCACAUAAACCUCAAGGCUCUUCUCCAUUAUCUGAUAGACCAGGCUCCUAUCUCUGGCUUCUAUAGCGACACCGCCGGCGUGGGCUCCAACCAAGUCUAUGGCCAAGUCUUAUGCCGAGGCGACGUCCCUGUUGACGUUUGCUGGAACUGCACAGCGCAGGCUGCGACCAAAAUCCAAGAGCUGUGCCCCAACAGUAGAAGGGCAAUCAUAUGGCUCGACCGCUGCCAGUUGCGCUACUCCGACGUGAACUUCGCCGGCACGGUAGACGUCUAUGACAGAGCAUGCCAGCCAGGAUUGGGGGAUUCACCUAGCCCAGCGACCUUCAAUCAGAAUUUGAGAUUCCUCAUCUCCAACCUGACCUCGCUGGCGACGCAGAGCUCCCGUAAUCGCUUCUUUGCUACAGGGCUUUCUGUGGGUAGUGAAUCAGAGAGGAUCUAUGCUAUGGUGCAGUGCGUGCGAGAUAUACCCAUGGACCGAUGUAGCUGGUGCUUGCAGAAUGCCAGCUCUGAUAUUGAAGGAUGCUCUAAUGGAAAGCAAGGCGGUCGAAUUCUCACCGGAAGCUGCAACCUAGCUUUUGGAGCGCAGCCCUUCUUUUUCGGCGAUCCAACAGUGGUAACACUCCCGCAGCCCAAUAAUGGGCAUAAGCGCUGGUGGAUAUUUGCUAUCAUCGGCAUCAUUGGAGGGGUAAUCUUAGCAGCAGCUAUCGCAUUCUGCUUAGUUCGGAGAAGACAACAAAGGAAGACAAAAUAUAAAGAGGCCUCCUCGGUUGAUGUUGAGGACAUAAAAGAGAAUGAGGCAGACUGUAGUUUACCGCAAAUCAGCCUAAGGGCUAUACAAAAUGCUACAGACAAUUUUUCAGAAGAAAAUCAGCUUGGAGAAGGUGGAUAUGGUCCUGUUUAUAAGGGAAAGCUUUCCAAUGGACAAGAAGUAGCUGUGAAGAGGUUGUCUGUAAACUCUGGGCAAGGUCUGAAGGAAUUCAGGAAUGAAGUUGAGUUGAUAGCCAAACUUCAACAUACAAACCUGGUUAGGCUGAUCGGUUGCUGCUUGGAAAAGGGGGAGAAGCUGCUUAUAUAUGAAUAUAUGCCCAAUAGAAGCCUCGAUGCCUUGCUGAAAGAUGCAGAAGGUCGCAAAUUGUUGGCUUGGGAAAAGAGGUCCAAUAUCAUCAUGGGAAUUGCAAGGGGAAUCCUUUAUCUUCACCAAGAUUCUCGACUCAACAUCAUUCACCGGGACCUGAAGGCUGGCAACGUGUUGCUAGAUGACCAACUGAAUCCUAAGAUCUCUGACUUUGGAAUGGCAAGGAUUUUCAGUGGAGUUCAAGGACAAGCAACGACCAGUGUUGUUGUUGGAACAUACGGAUACAUGGCUCCAGAGUAUGCCAUGGAUGGCGUGUUCUCGACCAAAUCUGAUGUCUACAGCUUUGGUAUUUUGUUACUGGAAAUCAUCAGCGGCCAACUGAAUGCAAGUUUUAGUGCUAGUUAUCAAGCUCGUAGCCUUGUCGUGCAUGCCUGGAGCUUGUGGUCUGAACAGAAAGGGACAGAAUUCAUUGAUCCGGUCCUGAAACACACAAGUUCAGCAACUGAAAUUAUAAGAUGUCUGCAAAUUGGCUUGCUCUGUGUUCAAGAGGAAGCUGCAAGCAGGCCAACCAUGUCAACUGUGGUUGUCAUGCUUGGCAACAAUUCUGUGGAUCUUCCCUUGCCCGGCCAACCUGCAUUUCUGCAGGGGAAUGGUGUGGAAUCAAGUCAAAAACAUUCUGCUGGUUUGGAGUCUGGAACUUUUGCCAGUCCAAAGUGAAGGUACCGAACGCUUUGCAUGAAUCAAGUGGUUGUGAUGCGUAUGCUUAGCAACUUGAGGCUUGUCAUGGUUGUGUGAGGUGUUGCAACUAAGUGAUCACUUUCUUCUGUUGAUCAAUAAAGUUAUUUAUUUACAA